CGUGGCACAAAAGCGAUGUGUCACGAGGGUGGCUGUGGUGCCUGUAUUGUGGCUGUGAAAAUUAAAGACAAAACAAUAGCCGUGAAUUCUUGUCUAGUACCGGUACUCAUAUGCGAUGGAUGGGAUAUUUAUACUAUUGAAGGCUUAGGUAACAAGCGAGAUGGUUAUCACACAAUUCAAGCUGCACUGGCUGAUAAAAAUGGUUCUCAAUGUGGAUAUUGUUCUCCUGGUAUGGUGAUGAAUCUGUAUGGUCUCAUGCAUGAUAAAAAGCUGUCUAUGCAACAAAUCGAAAAUUCAUUCGGUGGGAACAUUUGUCGAUGUACUGGAUAUCGUUCGAUUUUGGAUGCGUUCAAGGAAUUUGCCAGUGACGCACCACCAUCGAUGAUGAAAAACAUCAGCGACAUCGAGGAAUUGUACAAUAUCAAAACAUGUCCGAAAUAUGGAGUGCCAUGUACAGAUAGCUGCAAUAAGCAACUGUCCUAUAAAAAUAUGUUGUACAUAAAAUUAGCGGAUGCGAAAUUUUACAAAGUUUACUCUAUCAAAGAUCUAUUUACAAUAUUUCAACGAAAUCCACGAGCUACUUAUAUAUUGAAUGGAGGAAAUACUGCGUAUGGUGUUUAUCGCUCGAGUAAAAAAGAUUUAUGCAUUGAUAUAAACGAUAUAUCAGAUUUGCGUAAUAUCCAAAAAACCAGAGACUAUCUGGCCCUAGGAGGAAAUGUAACUCUCGCCGUGGCACUAGAGACCUUCCACAAAUAUUCAACCGAACCCAACUUUCAAUAUCUAAAUAAAUUAGCCGAACAUGUAGAAAUGAUCGCAAACGUACCCGUGCGAAAUACCGGUAGCAUCGCCGGUAACUUAAUGAUCAAACACGAGCACAAUGAGUUCCCAUCUGAUAUGUUUUUGAUAUUAGAGACCGUUGGUGCUCAAGCACAUGUCCUAGAAUCACCAAAUAGAAAGAAAAGUAUGCUGUUAAAAGACUUUCUGAAGAUCGAUAUGUUUCACAAAGUCAUUUACAGCGUCAUGCUGCCACUGUUAUCCGAUGAUUAUAAAUUUAAAUCUUUCAAGAUCAUGCCUAGAGCUCAGAACGCUCACGCUCAUGUCAACGCCGGCUUUCUCUUCAAACUUGACGGCGGUGGCAAAGUAUUGGAAAAACCUAACAUCAUCUUUGGUGGCAUCAAUAAACAGUUCUUGCACGCAACAAAUACAGAGCAAUUUCUGGUGGGAAAAUUUAUCCUCAAUAAGGAAAUACUGAAGGCAGCUUUGAGUAUAUUGAAUAAGGAACUGCAACCUGAUCAUGUGCUGCCGGACUAUUCACCGGAAUUCCGCAGAACGCUCGCCGAAGGAUUAUUUUAUAAGUUUGUGUUAGGCAUCAGACCCAAGAUUGUAGAUUUCAGACUUCGUAGCGGAGGCUCGUUGUUAGAACGAUCACUUUCGUCAGGUACACAGGACUACGAUACAAAUAAGAAUAUGUGGCCAGUGACUAAACCCAUAACAAAGUUAAAAGCCAUUAUGCAGACAUCAGGCGAAGUCCAAUAUUGCAAUGAUCUGCCUCCAUUUCCUAGAGAAGUGUUUUGCGCUUUUGUCCUCACUGAAAUCGGUAAUGGCAAAAUCGAUAGUAUAGAUGCAAACAAGGCGCUUAAAAUGAAGGGUGUAGUGGCGUUCUUCAGUGCCAAGGACGUACCGGGAGAGAAUUUGUGCGUUUCCGCCGUUAGCGAAUUGUUAUUCUUGCAAGAGAACGAAUUGCUGUUUGCUGAAAAUUAUGUUUUGUAUGCUGGCCAACCGGUUGGCGUAAUUGUAGCGGAGACGCAUGAUUUGGCAAAUGAGGCUGCAAAAUUGGUACAAAUUAAAUAUAUCGAACCUCUGGUGACGAAGCCGGUGAUAAGCAUCCAGGAUGCAAUUACGACGCAGGACGAAAGUAGAUUCAGACUAAACGCCAACUAUCCGGGAAAAAAUAAAGGAAAAAAUACUGAACAAGUAAUAAAGGGUGUCUUUCAAUGCGGCAGCCAAUAUCAUUUCUCCAUGGAAACUCAAUCUUGCGUGUGCGUUCCUGUAGAGGAUGGUAUGGAUGUCUAUCCAUCGUCACAAUGGAUGGAUAUCAUUCAAGUAUCAAUUGCAAAUUGUCUCGGUGUUAAAAAUAAUAGCAUCAAUGUGUAUGUAAGACGACUUGGUGGUGCAUAUGGAUCGAAAAUCUCACGUAACGCGCAAAUUUCGUGUGCUUGUGCAUUGGUAUGUUACAAAUUGAAUCGUCCAGCACGAUUCGUUAUGACGAUAGAGAGCAACAUGCUAUCGGUAGGCAAGAGAUAUUCUACGCGUCAAGAAUAUGAAAUUGGAGUGGAUAAUAACGGAGUUAUUCAGUAUCUCAACUCAAAACACUGGAGCAACUGCGGUUUCAGUUUCAAUGAAUCACAAGCUUUUAAUGUGGUUCGAAGCAUGCGAAGUUCCUGCUAUGCGACCGAUACUUGGACGUUCAACGGAUUUGACGUACGGACCGAUAUACCAUCAAAUACGCAUUGUCGGGCACCAGGAAAUACGGAAGGAGUAGCUAUGAUCGAGAAUAUAAUGGAGCAUAUAGCAAGAGUGACAAAAAAGGAUCCGGUAGAGGUCAGAUUGUCAAAUAUGAAUAAUAUAGAUAAAACUGUAUUAGAAGCUAUGAUAAAGGAUUUGUCGAAGUCGGCAGAUUAUGAGAUGCGAAAGCGAGCUGUUGAAAUAUUUAACUCUCAGAAUCGUUGGAAGAAAAAGGGAAUUGCCACAGUAACAAUGAAAUAUCCGGUACCAUAUCUAGGGCAAUUCAACGCAAUGGUGUCUGUUUGCGCUCGUGAUGGUUCGGUUUGCGUGACGCAUGGCGGAAUUGAAAUCGGUCAAGGGAUAAAUACUAAGAUUGCUCAAAUGGUGGCUUACACAUUGGGGAUCGAUCUGAAUUUAAUCUCCGUCAAACAAAGUAAUAAUUUAACAGCACCAAAUAAUUCGAUUACAGGAGGCAAUAUUACUACCCAAUCUUGCGGAUACGCAGCAGUUCAAGCUUGCAAAGAGAUUUUGAAAAGACUGAAACCGAUAAGAGAAGAAAUGGAAAAUCCGAUGUGGAAGGAUCUUGUUUUUGCAGCGUAUAAAAAAGACGUUGAUUUAUGUGCGCGUUACAUGGUGGCAACCGGGCCAACAAAAGAUGAGGUAAAACCUUACGUCAUUUAUAGUGUUGUCAUUGCCGAAGUAGAGGUCGAUGUACUGACAGGCCAGCAUAUUAUCAGAAGAAUUGAUUUGAUGGAAGAUGCCGGUGUAAGUCUAAAUCCGGAAAUCGACAUCGGUCAAGUGGAGGGAGCUUUCGUGAUGGGAAUAGGAUAUUGGACUUCUGAGGACCUGGUGUACGAUCCUAAAACAGGAGUAUUAACGAAUGAUAGAACUUGGAAUUAUAAACCACCAGGGGCAAUGGAUAUUCCUGAGGAUUUCCGUAUAUAUUUACUCAAAAACUCGGUCAAUGCAGCCGGUAUGUUUGGUUCAAAAGCAACCAGUGAACCACCUCUUUGUAUGAGUUGCGUAAUUCCAAUAGCGAUCCGCCAAGCAUUGAAUUCAGCUAGAGCGGAUGCAGGGAAUACAGAUGUGUGGUAUCGAUUAGAUGGACCUUGCACUACAGAACGUAUACUUCUAACCAGUUUAACAAGCAAAGACGAUAUGGUGCUUUGA